AUGACAACCCCCAAACCCCACAUCGCCCACACCCUCCUCUCACGCGCCCACUCCCCCGACACAGCAACCCAACUCUUCACCGAGCGCAUAAAACAAAAGCCACUCUACGUGCGACCAACAUCCCCAACACCCGCCGACAACCGCUCACGGCGUCGCCUCCACCGCCUGCGCAAGAAAGAAUACUUCCUGCGCAAACAAAAGCCGCAGCCUUUAUCCGCGCGCCAGAAGCGCGCCUCGGGACUGUACGACCUCCCCAAGGAAGAAUGCAAGUAUGCGGUUUUCCAGGAACUGCAUGGCAUGUGGGUGCGGUAUAUGCAGGAUAUGUUGGACUUGGGGGAGAAGAAAUUCAAGCCGCCCAUGACGCCGUUGUCGCAUGGGAGUAAACUCUCCAGUGCGGAUUUUCAUGGGGCGGAGGUCGAGGUGGUCAGGAGUCGGUGUGAGGGGAGGGUUGGGGUUCGGGGGAUUGUGGUGAGGGAUACGAAGUUUACGUUUGUGGUGGUUACGAGGGGGGAUGAGGUUAAGACUAUUCCUAAGGAGCAGACUAUUUUCCGGUUUAGUGUGCCUUUGCCUCAGGCGGAUGAUGCUGAUGGGGCGGCGGUGGCUGGGGAGGCGAGUGCUCAUUCUGAGAAGAAGGAGGAGCUCGUGUUUGAGCUUCAUGGUAGUCAGUUCCAGAAUCGUCCGGUGGACAGAGCGAAUAAGAAGUUCAAGUGGCGGAAUGUGGAUUAUAUUUAG